AUUUCUAAUCGAUUCCAGUACAUACACAUAUAGCAGUAGUACGCAUUAGAAAAAAGAGAAUAGAAAAAGGAGAAUAGAAUAACAAAUGAUUUCUAAUCGAUACGAAUCUAACGUUAUUAUGCAUUACGGAAAAAGAAAAUUUUUCUAAACUAUAUUAAUAGAAUAAUAAAUUAUUUUUAAUAUUAUAAUAAUAAAUUAUUCUAAUAUGAAUGCAUAUACUGUGCCUAUCUAUUUCAAGCAAAAAGAUUAGUGUACAAGUAAUUUUUUCCUAAUUCAUAAUUAUUACGUUAUAAUAUCACGAUUAAAGUGAUAUUAGCUAUGUAUACAUCUAUCAACAUAAAGAUUCCAGUUUUAUAGUUACAUGAUACUGUUUCUUGUUUCCUGUUUUAUCUGCAGUGUGACCUUGAAUAACAAUUCUUCGCUUCCCACUCUUUGAGCAACCAAUUAAUUGCGCGAACGUAUGAUUAAAUAAAGAGACAUACAAAAUCUGUUAUCAGUCGAGGAAGAAACUUCAACGUGAUAUUUCUCUCUCUCUCUCUCUCUCUCUCUCUCUCUCUCUCUCUCUCUCCUUUCGCUUACUCUUCUUAUCUCUGUUAAGCGUGAUUAAUUAUUGAAAUCGUAAAAAAAAUGGAACGCUGGGCUGGUAAAGUAGCUAUAGUUACUGGUGCAUCUAGUGGAAUUGGAUUAGCAAUAGUAAAAGCUUUUGUACAAAAUGAAAUAGUAGUGGUUGGAUUUGCUAGAAGGAAAAAUAAAAUGCAGAGCGAGAUGCAGAAUGUUAAGGCAAAAGGUAAAGGAAAGUUCUAUGCAUGCGAGUGUGAUGUCACCAAGCCCGAAAGUAUCGAACAAGCCUUCCAAUGGGUUAAAAAUACUUUUGGAAUAGUUCAUAUCCUUGUGAAUAAUGCAGGAGUGGCCAUAGAUUCCAAAUUUAUGGAUUCAUCCAGACCUGAUUGGCAAAGAUUAUUCGAUGUAAAUGUAUUAGGAUAUAUCGAUUGUACUAAACGUGCCGCUAGAAUGAUGUUAGAUUCUGAUGUGGAAGGUUACAUUAUUAACAUGAACAGUAUCGCAGGACACUAUCUAGAUACUUUCCCAGGUUGUAGUCUUAACUUUUACCCAGCAUCCAAAUUUGCUUCCGUUGCUGCUACUGAGAUCACACAAAAGGAAUUACAUGGUAGUAAAAUUCGUGUAACGAGUAUCAGUCCAGGAUUAGUAUCUACAGAAAUCUUUGAUGCCAAUAACUUUAAUGUAAAAUCUCUCAUGGAUUUACCAGCAUUGGAAGCUGAAGACAUCGCAAAUGCUGUUAUUUAUGUAAUUGGAACUCCGCAACGCGUUCAUAUUACUGAAUUGAUUAUUAGACCUCUUGGAGAAGUUCAAUAUUAGUGCUAAACAUGAACAAGUAUAAUAUUUUUAAUAGGUAUUAUAUUAUUAUUAUUUUCGUAAGAAUGCAAUAAUAGUAUAUUUUCAGUAAUGUAAAAAUUAAUUAAAAAUUGCAUCACUGAAGAGAAAGGAGAUUGUAUUCUUUACUUAAUUGUAAUAUUACUAAUUCCAUUAUUUACAAAAUUGUGUUAAAAAUUAAGUUUUUCGACUAUUAACUACAUUGUUUAGCAAUAUUGGUAUUACUAUUUAUUUUCAAAGAAAUGUUCGUAAGGUAGAGAGCAUUAUUCCAGUUAAAGAGAAUUUACGAGCAAUUGUGUACUAAAAUUAUUAAUUUUUAUUUAGGAUAUCGUCAAUUGUGUGUCGUAUAAAUACACAUAUGACAUUGUAUGUCGAAUAAAUAACAUAAAACAUGA